ACUCUCACCCUCCUGAAACGCCCUUGAAAAAAAACUCAACACACGACUUCGCCCGCGGCGCAAAACAAGCAAAGAAAAAGAGGAAACUCCCUCACAAUCAACACGAGAGAUAUGCCCAAAUCAAACGGCUGCCGCACCCUCCUCCUCACCCCGCCCGUCCUCCUCCUCUUCCCCACUGCAGCCCUAAUUUCAAUCCUCGAGCGCAUCUCAAAAAACACCUUCUACUCCAAUCUACAGCGCAGCUUUCGCACGGGGGCCUUCCAACUCGUGCUGCCACGCCCGGGCGGCGGCCCCGACAUCGGACUUACACUCGACUUCAACCACGCCCCCGUCAUCUUCAUACUCGGCAUUUGCGUAAUUGCGUACGCGGUGACUGUGCUGAGCGCGGCGGGGAUAUGGCAGUUGAAGAAAGUCGAGGGCACGGCGAGACAUGAGCGGGUGUGGGUGUGGGUUGUGCUGAUAUCGAAUGUGGUUAUGAUAGGUGGGAGUCUGGGGGGAUUCGGGUAUGCAACCAGCGUGCAGGCGCGGGAUGGGACAUGGAAGAAUUACGAAGAUGCGGGUCGGCCUGAUCAGGAACUUACUCGGGAGACGUGGGCGUGUCAGAUCCACAGUUUGUUUCCUGGGGAAGGAUGGGCGGGGACGGCGUGUGGGACGAGUCAGGCUAUGCGGUAUUUGCUGUUGCCUAUGGCGGUGGCGGCGAUGGCGGUGCUGGGGAGUCUGUGGGUGCUGAUUAGGGGAAGGGGAGGGUUGAAGUGGGUGUUUGGGGGGCAGGGGAGGUAUGCUGGGUUUCGCGGUGCGUAUGAGUUGCAACCGCAGGAACAGAAUGUAGUGUAUUCGGGGCCGCCACCUGUGCAGUGGGGCCAGCAGCCGGUGCAGCAAUGGCAUGGACAGCCGGGUCAGCAGUGGGCGCCGCAGACGUAUCAGCCGUAUGGCCAACAGUUGUAUGGUCAACCGCCUGAUCAGCCGUGGGCACCGCAGCCGCAGCCGCAGCCCGUGGCUCAGGUGUCGAAGUCGGAUGCUAAUGUUGAGCAGCGCCCUGUCUACCAGUGAUGUGCAUCUUUUUCAUAUUCCAAGCCGUAUUUUUUACCUUUGCAUAUACUUUUACCUGUAUUGACCGCUUUCGCGGCAUUGGUUAUACUUACAUCUUGUAAUUGUCACACGCCUCUGUUUCUCACACGGCGAUUGUUUCCCUUUUUCACUGCUAGUUUAUGACGAGAAGGAAAAGCUCAUUUCCUAUCCAAUGAACCCGAAC